GUUCUAAUGCGAUAAAAGCUUUGGAAAAUUUAAAAUUCAAAGAAACCAUACAAUGGGAGGAAUCACUAGAUUCUUUGGAUCCGGCCUCAAACGAUUUGCAUAAAUAUUAUUCAGCAAAACAAUGGGAGGCAGUUCAUGACCUAUUCCAAUCAUUAGGCUUUUCUGAUAUCGAUGAUACGAAAAUUCUCUCGGGUGAUGAUGUGUCAAAAGCGUUCGAACAAUCACGGGAAAAAAUUGUUAAAAUUCGACAAGACGCAUUAUUACUCUUUGGUUUUAAGUCCCGAGCUAAAGAGUUACCUGAUCUUAAUGCUACAAUAAAAUUCAUCAAUGCGGUAGUGGGUAAUUGGUGCGGUUAUGCUAUUAAGAGUAAACGAAAAAGAGAAGGACCUAAGGGUCAACAAGUAUGGAAACAAAUUUAUUGGAUUGACCACAAACCAUACAGUGAAACUGGUUUUAAUGAAGCGAGAGCUCCGAUUCUUCCACCAUAUAAACCAGAAUCAGUCAAUGAAAUUCAAGAACUCUUUGAUUCGAUACCUAUUACUGAUACUAACUCAAAAUUUACCGAUUAA